GAUACACCGACUUCCAAAUAGUCGCUCUAACUUCAAACCAUUCCUCUCUCUCUUUGCCAAAACCCUACUUUCAAACUUGAAGAAAACAAACAAAAUUGGAACACAAAAUUGAUCUAAACCCUAAUCUUCCAACAAUGUCCCCUCUCAUUUUCCGAUCCCGAUUCUUUUCCCUUCUGAAGAAUCGCCAUGGCCGUCUUAUGAGCUCCGACCUCGCUUCAACCCCUUCCAAAGAUGCCCUCAAUGCCUCUCAGAAGCUCGUCUCCGAUCAGAUUCCACCUGAUGCUCAAACCACUUCUGCUACUUCUUCUUCUUCUUCCUCUAGUAAGCCCUGGAAUUUCUUCAAGUAUAGUUUGAUUGGUGCUCUCACAGGUGCAACUGCGGUUGCUGGUUACGCCAGUUAUGCCUAUAGUUAUGAUGAAAUUGAGGAGAAGGCGAAAACUUUACGUCGUUCUGCUAGUCAUACAUCGAGGAAAGUUUAAAUGAAAUAUUUAAACUUUCCCUAACGUCGGGUGGAGUGACGUUGCAAAAAGUUUAAUAAUAAUUAUUGUUUAAACUUUCUCCAACGUGAAACCUGCCACACAUCGUGGAAAGUGUACAUAUUGAAGUGACAAUGGUCACCUUUCCCUAACGUGUGGCAGGGGACACGUUGAGGAAAGUUUAAAUGAUACAGACACUUUAUUUAUUUAAAUAAUAAAUAAUGAAUUUAUUACUUAAACCUUCUACGACGUGUGUACUACAGACGUAGGCAAAAGGUACAUUUCUAGAUAUUUUCGAAGACGUCGGAGAAAGUCCACACUAUUUAUUCUACCUUCAAAACACAGAAUAGAAUGCAAAAAGAAAAUGAACCCAAAACCGACCAAGAGAGAGGGAGAGUAGGAGAGUUGUGCUGCCGUCAUCGUUCGUCUUUGCCGCCACCACUGUUGGAAGCGUCCUCUUUUCUUCUCUUUUUCUUUUUCAUUUCAAAUUUUUCACUUCACUGUACCCUUUCAAAUCAUAGCAUAGCUAGAAUCCAGAGCACCGCAAAAUGUGUUUAUGAAUCCGCAUUGAAACACAAAGUUAAAAAAAAAAAAAAAAACCCACAAAGAAAC